GUCACCUGGCGCCAAAAGAUGCGGAAAUGAAAGUUUGUUUUUGUGUCCUUUUGCUAAACUGGAAUGUGAUUUUGGACGAAGCUCUGUGUAUGAUGCACCAGUGGGAUUUGUCUCCAUUUUCUGUGACUCCAGCUGCCAGGCUGCUGUCAAGAUGCGUGUCAGUCGGAGCCGCAAGUCAGGAGGAAAUCGACUCCGCUUUCUCCCACGCAAGCCCCUCCUUCUCUCCCCACCUGGAAGAAGCCUUUCAGCUGCAGUUGGAGCUCCUGAGGAUUGAUGAGCAGAGUGCGGACAUUUUCCAUAGGCUGGGGAGGCACCUGACCAGCCUCCUGAGGGAGCAGACGCCGCUGCGCCAGAGGCUGAUGAAGCCCCUGGCCCACACCAGCCUACCGGAGAAGCUGAAGUCGGCAUACAACCACGCCAAAACCCCCGAGGCCACCGCCCUAAUGGACGCGUCCUGCGCCCUGCUGCUGAGUCUGGCCACAGAGGCGGAGACUGUGUCCAGUCGGACGUUCACGGCUUCCCGUUACCCUGACUUCAGCCAAACGUCCGAACCUGGAGGGCUUCGAUUCCUCUUCUGUGGAACAGUCUACAACAGUAACGUAAAUCCCAAUACAUCUCUGUCUCAGAAAGUCUGACUUUCCGCGUAAAAAUUUAAAUGAAUCCCCUGCUCCAUAGACAUAGAUUGACUAACUAUUCCCUGAUUAACAGAAACAGGAUGGUAACCAGACAGCAUUCCUUUUUCUGUGAACACACAGUUGUAUGUCUUAUUUUUUUUAGCUGUUGAAGUCACCUAAACACAAUCGUCUGUGUAUCUGUGAUGAUGGGAACUCAGUUAAAUAGAGCAUAGAUCUUCAGAAUUGUUCUCUAAUGUGCGAGUUCUCUAAAUAUGUCGUUUGUUUUUGCGGUUGCUUUUCUGUAUUUUUGGGUUUGCAAAUGUGGAAAUAAACGUGGACUUGACCUGAGCUGGCUCCUGCUGUCUUACUGCUCCAGGUGAGAUUUUGGUUUGUAGAUGACUUCCGUUUGGCCUCGGGAACCUUCUAUAAAACCAUUCUGUAUUCUUAUGAGGCUUUAGAUAACUCAAGAAAGCCGUGAAAUUGAACGUGUGCACAGAUAAACAGGGAAAAAAAGUGCACAUGACAUAAAAAAUAGAUAUAUCUAUAUCAUUACACCUAAAAACCUUUUUCCGACACGUUCAAUGUUAUUUAUUUAAUUCAAGGUGUACAUUAUGGUGGUGAACCAGAUGGCAAAAUAUGAGUGAAUCCGUGUUUAAGCGUGAUAUUUAAAUUUAGCAAAAAGUGGUCAGUGACUUACAUGUUGAAUCAACGUUAGGGUUUCAACCAUAACUGAUACUACUAUAUCAAUUCUGACUCAGCCAUCAUCUAAAUGGUAAUUAAUGGACAAAAUAGGAAUAUUAUGGGCAAA